UGUCACGGUCUAAGCAUGAUCUGUUUCUGUUGUUCUGAUGAAGGAAGCUUGUGUUGGGGAGGAUUCAAUGUCUGUUGAGACACAUGUGAAUGUGCUACAAAGUGAGUAUCAGAAACACAUCCAGACACCUCGACUGUCAAAGACCACACGACAGGAACAUGCUCCUGGAGACGCUGAGGAAGCACUGAAGGAAAGUCUGUGGAGAAUGGACUCAAAAAAUACUCAUACGUAAAGGUCCUCGUAUCCAGCAUGAACUGGGCGUCGUUUUACGCGGUGAUCAGCGGUGUGAACAGGCACUCGACAGGCAUCGGCCGCAUCUGGCUGUCGGUCAUCUUCAUCUUCAGGAUCAUGGUGCUGGUGGUGGCGGCUGAGAGCGUGUGGGGCGAUGAGAAGUUGGGCUUCACCUGUAACACCCAGCAGCCCGGCUGUGACAGCGUGUGCUACGACCAGUUCUUCCCCAUCUCUCACAUCCGCCUCUGGGCUCUGCAGCUCAUCCUGGUGUCCACGCCGGCCCUGCUGGUGGCCAUGCACAUCGCUCACCGCCGGCACAUCGAGAAGAAGAUCCUCAAGAUCUCCGGCCGAGGGAACGCCAAGGACCUGGAGAACAUCAAGAGCCUGAGGUUCAAGAUCACCGGUGCCCUGUGGUGGACUUACAUAAUCAGCAUCAUCUUCCGCAUUGUAUUCGAGGUGGUUUUCUUGUACAUUUUUUACUCGAUCUAUCCAGACAUCAAGAUGGUGCGUCUUGUGAAGUGUGACUCUUACCCCUGUCCCAAUACAGUGGACUGUUUCGUGUCGCGUCCCACAGAGAAGACCGUGUUCACUGUCUUCAUGCUGGCCGUGUCUGGAGUCUGUGUCUUGUUGAACAUCGCAGAGGUUAUGUAUUUAAUAAGUCGGGCGUGUAUGAGAUAUUUUCAAGGAGCAGUGGGUGAACCCAAAGCACCCUGGCUCCCUCAAAAACUGGCGACUUACAAGCAGAACGAAAUAAAUCAGCUGAUCUCAGAGCAUUCGUUCAAGCCGAGAUCCAACGCUGGGCGAAAGCCUCCCGCGGAUAAGAGCGAACGUUGCUCUGCUUUCUAGAUGGGUUUCUACCAACUAUCAGUCUUUAAGGGAAGACGGAUGACUGUAAUAAUAUUAAUCGAUUGUCAUUGUAGUUUAAAAGGCCCUCUACAUGUGAGGAGGGAUCAUGGGGGAAAUAUGCUGGAGAACCCUCAAACAUUACACAUUUGAAAAGUGUCCAUCUGGUCCUAAAAAGCAGAUAAGAUCAGAGGAAAAAUUGGUUUUCACACUAAGAAAACACUGUAGUCAGUUAGUCAUUUGCUUCUGUGCUGAAGUUCAUAUGUGUGCAUACAAUAUUUGACAAAAAGAGGGUCUAUACAUCACAAAUUGACCUUUCAUCUCAACUUAAAAAUAAAAACCGAUAUGGUCUGCUGUGAGGAAAAUGGAGCAGAUGGUAUGUUUUAACCUUUUUAAUGUAUUAUUGUGUGUUAUUUAUUGAAAACAGAAACUCUCAACCAUCAGACAAGUUCGUUUGGAGAAAUGAAUGGAUGGAAACAGAAGACCUACAGUAUGACAUCAUAUCCUGUUGCCCACAGUUGUUGAUAUAACUGAUAUUUUGAGGAUUUCUUUU